AUGAAGGAUGGGUUGCGCAACUCGGACUUCGUUCGCAGCAAUAUUCUCGAGGAUGUCACGAUUCGCUUUGAAUGCACUAGAUUCCACGCACAUCCGGCGACUCCUUACAUAUACUCGUCGCUCUUGAAUUGCCUCAAAAAGCUCAAACGAACCGAUCUGUCCGAGCACGCAAUUGAUCUUGGUGCACAAGCGCCGUAUCGCUACCGUUAUGGAUUUCCGAGGAAUAUACAGCUUCUGGUGGGCGCAGUCAGGGACGAGGUGCAAAGACUGCUCAACAAACUCGUUCUUGCGACAGCAGCUAGCUUGGACGACCAACCGGCAGCAUGGCAGUUCGAUGCGGACUUCUCGGUUAUUCGGACAUUCACAACACCCCAGUCCUAUCCUGCUGCCCGAGCAGCAGGUUGUAUGUUUAUCAACCAGUGUAUUGUGGCAAUCCGAAAAUACCAGGAAUACAGCGAGCGAGUCCGGAGGAUAUUAUUCUCACGGCCGUUGCUUUUCCCCGCGGCAAUCGUAGGAGUCCCGCUCGCGCAAGACGACACAGCUUGCCGGUACCACGACAAGGAGAGUUCGGUCGUGAGUGGAGAAACUAAGUCGGCGGAUGCGACUGGCUUCCCUACGGGGCAGUGCCGCCGCCCGCGAACGGAGGCGGCGCUAUCCAAGGAUGUUGCUGGUCGCAUCACGGACGUCGAUACAGCCAGCUUGGAUGAGGAGGAGAAGCGCUUACCCCUCCAAUCGUACCCCAGCAAUGCUCCAUCGCGCUCGUUGCCAUGUUCCAGUGGGAUCGAUCAUCAGGUCAUCGCUAGCUACCCGGAAAGCGGGAGCUCUCCACAUGCGCGAGACUCAUUCGGUCAGCUAGGGAUGUAUCCCGAGGGGCAAUCUUCGUUAGUCUCCUCUGGAAUGGAUGUCCAAAACCGGAGCUCGCGCGACACGGAGGAAUACUCGCCUCGAGACACUGAAUUGGACUCAAACGCGAGGAAUCAUCGUCUCUCGGAGGCACAUCGUCAAGCUACCGCCCAAAGUGACUUAACGCGCGUGCGCGCUGGGGGGCAGACAACAGUCUCGUCUUGUAACGACGGAAAACCCUGCCGUGGACGUGAUGUUGAGGGGAACAUACCUCAGCUCGUUGACCGCGAUGCCGUCGCAACGACGAGGAGCUCCUCAUCGUCCUCAGCUGUCAGCGUGGCGUUAUCUUUGGCUCCGACCGCUGCCUGCCAUGCCACGCAAGGCUCGACUUCACCAAAGGGAUUUGGACGAACAGACUCAGCCGCUCCGCCCUGCUCGUGGGCGCACGUGCCGCCUGACUCGUCCCGCACUUCAAGCCACGAUGCGAAGGCUCGGAAGUCGCAGACGAGCGACGUCCCGGCUGGCAAAGAAGAAAUCCAAGGUCGAACGAGCAACUCCUCCCAAGUGUUGAGUUUGUCCCCGAGCGGCGAGGACACGCUGAGAAACACCCCUUCCGCACCGCGCUCUCGCCCGGGGAAUCCCUCUCGAACGCGAGCGGAUGAUCUGUAUCAAGUUGUCGCCAGGGACCAUGUCCAGCUGCGAAGUGAGGAAGGCGUCGCCUGCAGAUCUUCGGCAGAUGCGCGCGACUCGACAGGUGUCGCGCUGCCCCGCCGAUCUCGCGAGAAGCCGACAAGCCCGAGCUCUUCGAGUGGUACUCCCACUAUGGUCAAGCCACACGUCGGAAUCAGCUCGCAUAGCUCGCACGACACGCCAGAGAACUCACCUCAACGCGCCGAACACGCUUGUGAUAAUCCCGCGCAGUUUUCGGACUCGGAGGGUGGGUGCCGCGCUCUGCGAGCAAGUCCCGACAGCUUCUCGCCAUCGCCUUCCUCCGCGCCUCGCAUCCAUGCAGCUUGCGAGAUGCCUGACAGGACGACCUCCAAUGGCCCGGUCGCGCACAGCAGCCAGACCGCUUCGUAUUUGCACUCUGCUUCUGUGCCGCUCGUCGCUCCUCUCCUUCAGUCGUCUCACCGUGCAACCACUGGAAGUGGUCCCGAUAGUGCGAAUUGGCGAGCGCGUAGGCGGCCAACGACCUUGUUGCUGCGGGAGGUCGGCACCAUCAAUGCUGACGCGCAAAGCGGGAGCAUUGACGAGCAUGAGCGAGCUUCCCAGGCCUUCGAUCUGAAAGUGGACGUCAAUAGAUCACCCAGUGCAUGCGGCAACGAGAAAGGCUCACCUCGAAGCGCCGAACGUGACGGUGACCAUGAGAACGCCCCGCAGUCUCGGGACUCAGAGGGUCAGCGCCGCGCUCUGCGAGCAAGCCCUGAUAGCCUCUCGCCCUCGCCUACCUCCGCGUCUCGCAUCCAGGCAGCUUGCGGGACGUCCGACAAGACGAACUCGAAUGACUCGAGCUUACACAGCGGCCAGUCCACUUCGCAUCCGCGCUCUGCUACUGUCCCAUCCGCCGGUCCUCCAUUUCGGUCGUCUUAUCCGUCAACGUCUGAAAGUGGUCCUGGUAGCGCAAAUUGGCGAGCGCGUGGGUGGCUGAAGGCCUCGUCACGGCAGGAGGUCAGCGCCGUUGUGGCUGACUCGCGAGACAAAAGCAUCAGCAAGUGCGAGAAAGACUCGCCUCACGGAAGUCCUCACCGCCCACACUGGGAGGCGUCAACUCAAGCUCUCGCUCAAGACCGCCCGCAAGUGUACGCUGGGGGGCAGGUGUUAGCCUCGUCUCGACGAGACGGCAAACCCGGAAGCUGGCACGACGCGGGGAAGUGCUUACCACAGGACACCAAAUCAAGUACCGCCUUGACAGUCCUAGACCAAUCACUUCGCGCUCAAACUAUGGUCAAGCCGCGCACGCGAAUGAGCUCGCAUAGCUCUCUCGAUGCACCGGAAUGCUCACCUCCGAGCACCGAAUGCGACGGUAAUGAGGAGCCCGUGCAGUUCCCGGACUCGAUUGGCCAGUGCCGCCCUCAGCGAGCAAGCGCUGGCGGCCUCUCACCAUCGCCCUUGAUCGCAUCACGCUACCAUGUAGCUCGCGAGCCGCCCGAUGAGUCGACCUCAAACGGCUCGAGCCUAUGCGGUAGCCGGUCGACUUCACUUUCGCACUUUGCUACGGUCCCGUCUGCCUCUCCUCUCCCGUUGUCGCCGCCAUCUGCCGCGUCGCGCAUCCUUGGGGCUCGCAAGCCACCAGACAAGACCUCAGAUCGCUCGAGCGCAAACAGCUGCCAGCCCGCGCGACGGAGCCACCCUGCUAGCGUCCUGUCAUCCAUCCCUCUCCCUCGGUCGUCCCGCAGGCCUAAGGGAGCGAGCGAACCGGAUAGCGCACAUUGGCGAGUGCGGGAGCGGCCAGACGCUCUCAAAUUGCCGCUGCGCGAGAUUGGCGUGAAUUCUUGGGGCGCGCAGAACAGAGAAUGGCUCUCACCUCGACUUGAUGUUGCGGACACCGCCGCGCCGAGCACGUCGCGGCGUCACUUUCACGCGUUUAAGCGCGGACAUGUCCUAGAGGACGGCGCAAGCGAUCUGAAGCGCACACAUGCUGGGGGGCAGACAGUGUUCUCGUCCUGGAAACACGUCAAGCCUCUGAAUGCACGUGGAGGGAAGAGGGAGUCACCACAGCUUACCGCAUCGGACACUGAGUGCCAACGCUCGCCGUCCUUGGAGCUCAAUCAGGCAAUGCCUCCGACAGGUGGCAGAGGAGACCUGGCGUUAUGUUGUAACGGCCGAGAUAUCGGGAUUUUGCACGCUGAAAAGCCGCCGUGCGUCACAUUGUCGCGCAGCGUGGACGUCCUCGAUGCUCUAGCCCUAGGUUGCGCUGCGUUCCCGGACGUGAUGCUGCGACUUAUGGGAGAGGUUAGCCUGAUAGACAAGGACAGAGGAUGCGUCGCAGGCUACGUACAGCGCUUAUACAACGAUCCUGGGGGGCCGGCAGAUGUCGCAUCUCCAGGAGAUGGUCAUCUCUCGGACGCGUACAGCAUUUCGUCACCCUCACGACUUCUGGUCUGCCGCUCCCUUUGUCAACCAGUAGUGCGCGCAGAGAACUCGAGGACACACCACACCGUGGACAGGCGCGUAUCCUUCGAAGUUCCCGUCGCUUUUGCUCUGGUUGGCCCGCAGAGUGCAGAGCGGGACAUGUCAACUCGACUCGCAGUUCAUUCGCAAAUUGGUGGCGACACGUUCAGAGAGCCUAUGGACAGGAUCAGAAUCUAUGGCAGGAAGGACGGCACGGCAGCACAGGACUCACCAAGGUGCAGUGAGUCCGCCACGUACAAGAGCGCAUUCUCUACGACUGGAUCCCACCUCGAGCUUCGAUCCGCGUAUGUACCUUCGUCUCGCCGUGAAUUGGCGCUACGCGUGGGAUGCCGGCUGCCCGACAUCCGCGAGAUGACCCUAGGGCGGAAGCAGAGCGCAAUUCAGCGAACGCAUCUGGUCUCCUCGCCCAGAGCGACGCACCUUCGUGUUCCGCGAUGGGAGAUGCGCGUCAUGACUCGUCCGAAGACGGGGGCUGGGGGGACAAGAGAAUGCGGUGCACAGAACGGCGGUGAAAUUGGUCAGCGCGAAGGCCUCGGCAGCGGAGCCUCUUAUCGACGCCAAAUCAAGGGUGCACCCUCUAAGCUGAGCGGCGUACACAAGCUUUCGAGAAUCAGCAACUCACUUCGAACGACGCGAGACUACUCACCUCCCAAGGUAGUCAUCAUUUCCUACACAGUUUCCAUGACGUAUCGAUGCUGUCUGGUCGUCAGUCAAGACUUUCCAGCUACGCUUCGACGCGAACCUCGUCGAUACCCCCACUGCACGCGGGACACAACGGGCGCCCAGCAAUCGUGCCUCGCACGAAAAGCGUCGCAUAUCUCUCAUAUCUAUCCAUCUCGAUGUUCAGGAUCCGACGCAGGCAGCGUCGCGCGGCGUGGCACAUCGACGCUGGUCAAGCACCGCAUCAGCAGGCGUAAAAUGCCUACGGCGCGCGUCGCGCGCGCGCUGUUGAGCAUCGGUCGCUCAUCAAGAGCGAUACGGAACUCCUCACCUCAAGAUGUCAGCGCGCAUGCUAGUGUCGGCGGGCGACUCACAAGAGCAACGGAGGCGCCAGCUCUAUCACUGAUCCUGACUACCGUAGCGGAACAAAGCUGGCGGUUGGAAGGCUACCGGGCAAUCGAGACCGCCCCCGUUGUCUCCCUUAUGCCGCGACUUGCCUCGUCCUGGGAAGAUGCGCGUGUACUACGAAGCGCGGCGAUCCGAGUGGACUCAAAGCGCGCGCCCGAGGCUCUUGUGGUGGAUGACGGUCAGCCGCCGCCAGACGCCCCCCCUAGCCUUUCCACCCGAGCAGGAAUCUGGGGGGCAGGUUAA